UAAAAUAAUUACUGUUCGAACAGUAAGUGCUCCAUUCCGGCGCACGCGCGAGUGAGCGGAAGUAGUACGCUACUGAACGUAAAAGGUGCAUGAGUAAACGGUUUUUCCUCUCGCGUGUUCCUCGUUGUACUUCUCAACAUCAGGCUACCAAGAACCAGGGGCCCCUGUCACCGCCAGCAGGAUACUCCAGGUUAGUGGUACUUCUCAGUUAUUCUCGGUCCUUCGCGCAAAAGUUAAGUCACGGCACCCCGCGUGCACAUUUGGUCCUUCGAGCCGGAUCAUAACCUCAAAUUUGUCGGUUUAUCGGUUUCUCGAUCGACGCUUUAUCGCGUAUCGCCGCAAUGACUAACGAAGAAUUGUUGCAAUCUCAAAUUAAGAAGCUCGCCGUACUGAAAUCUACACGGGAAAAGUUAUUUGCUCAAGUUCAAAACUGUUAUGACUCCAUGAAGAGAACCACCGUUGAUACAGCUCUUCAGUUCAAGCCUCGGUACGAAAAACUAGAGGUUAUUGAGAUAGAAAUGGAUAAGACUCAGAAUGCAAUUAUUCAGCUAAAUGCAGAUUUAUUGGAUAAUCGCCAUGCUCUCGAAGUCUGUAAGGUGCAAACAGCUUUCGAUGAUUUAGUAUUUAACACACGUGGUCGUUAUUUAGACCUGGUGAAGACACAACCUCCGCAGCAAACCAGCAGUAAUUCGGUCGCCAACAGCAACCAGCAUUUGCCCAGAAUAAAUAUCCCUACGUUCACCGGUCGCAUCGAAGAGUGGUCGGCGUUUUUCUCACUGUUCGAUUCGGUUGUCCACAAAAACGAUGCGUUAUCAGAAGCUGAAAAAUUCCAGUAUUUGCGCUCUUAUCUGCGAGAUGACGCAUUAACAGUCAUUGCCAAUUUUCAUUUAACCCCCGAAAAUUACGCACUGGCGUAUGAGGCAUUGCAACUUCGCUACUAGAAUAAAAGACGGUUGGCGACUCACUACGUCAAUCAAAUUCUAGGUUUUACUCCUUUAUCAUCCCCAAGUUCUAGCAGUUUGAGACAUUUUUUGAAUAUUCAUUCGAAUUCCAUUAAUGCUCUUAAGGCUUUGAAUCUUCAAGACCUUGGUGAUUUUUUGCUGUUUCAAUUAUCGUUUGCAAAUUUGGAUCCUGUAUCUAGAAAAGCUUUUGAGAAUAGGCAAAGUUCAAAUUCCGUUCCCAGCUAUCAGGCGUUAAUUGAUUUCAUAACGGAUCAGAAUCGAACGUACGAACUUCUCUCUCAGGACACCAAAUCACCGAAAUGUAAAUCUCUAUCAGUUAAGUCAUUCCGUGCUUCACUCAUGACAAAUGCCAAAUCCGAUGCCUCCUCUACGUGCUGUGUCCCGUGCGUGCUCUGCAAAGGUUCACAUCCCUUUCCGGCAUGCAGCGAAUUUCUCCAGAAAACAAAUGAACAGAAAUAUGAUACGUUGAAGAGAUUGAGACGAUGUUUCAACUGUUUGGGUGCUCAUAAUCGAAAUGAAUGUCAAUCUCGUAAAACUUGUCGUAUUUGUCACAGCAACAAGCAUCACUCCGUGUUACACCAGGAGUCCAAGGUGGAUACCUCCGAAACUAGUACUUCUCCCUCUGUAGAGGAAAGAAAAUCUCCCGUUGUGUUUUCGUGCAAGACCUCAGCGGAGCGCAACACUGUUUUACUAGCGACUGUGACAGCCCAGAUCCAAGACUGUAAUGGAGAUUAUCACAAGAUAAGAGCUGUGGUUGAUCCCGGCUCUCAAGUAUCAGUGAUUACUUCAUCAACGGCGCAACAUUUGGGAUUAAAAAGAAGCAGAUCUCCCAUUGAAGUUACUGGCAUUGCCAGUUUUCCUGUCCGAACUCAAGGUCUCAUUCGUACCACUCUACGCUCUAGAACUCGUGCUGAUGUCGUAAACGUUCACGCUGUUGUACUUUCGUAUAUUCCUAAUAAAUUUCCUAGUCAGACGUUACCUUCUCACAUUAAGGAUCAGUUCAGUCAUCUAACGUUAGCUGAUGAAAACUUCCAUCAAGCUGCUCGAGUUGAAUUCUUAAUUGGAGCAGAUCUAUAUCCUCACAUUUUAUGUAAUACGCAGCCUAAUGUUAUUCAAGGACAACCCUCUGCCAUUGACACAAUCUUUGGAUGGAUAAUUAUAGGCUCGAUUUCAUCUUCAACAAAUUCCCCCUUGUGUUCUCUUCUCACAUGCAACGAUUCUCUUGAUGAUACCGUUCGUAAGUUUUGGGAAACUGAGACUCUCGCUGAUAACCUUUCAGUCUCCAAUCCUGAAGAUGACUUUUGUCAAGCUCAUUUCAAGGACACGCACUAUCGCGAUCGCUCAGGCAGAUAUGUGGUAUCAAUGCCAGUCCGUGAGCAGCGCUCGCCGCUUCUGAGCAACCGAGAGACAACUCUGAACACUUAUCUCAAAAUAGAAGCUCGAAUGACCAGGCGUCCCCAACUCAACGCUGCUUAUAUUACUUUUCUCCAAGAAUACCGCGAUCUCGGACAUAUGCAACUAGCCGCACAACCUUCCAUGUACGUAAUGCCUCAUCAUUGUGUUCAAAAGGAAACUAGUUCAACUACCAAAGUGCGAGUUGUGUUUAACGGAUCCUCCCCUGACUCAAACGGGACAACGCUUAAUCAGCAACUUCUGCUCGGUCCUAAGCUACAAAAGGAUUUGAGCCACAUUCUCAUGAAUUUUCGCCUUCAUGCUAUAGCAGUCACAGCGGAUAUUCAACAGAUGUAUAGACAGAUUUGGUUGAAUCCAAAGCAACGUUAUCUCCAGCACAUAUUCUGGAGGCCAGAUCCCGCUUCUAAUGUGCAGGAGUAUGAGUUAAAAACAGUGACAUAUGGUUUAGCACCAUCAGCAUAUCUUGCUCAACGUGUCCUUCUCCAGCUCGUCGAGGACGAAGGGCAUGAGUUCCCAUUGGCAGUACAAGCUAUCACAGAAAGCACCUAUGUGGACGAUAUUGCGCAUGGUGCCUCUACAGUUGAGGAAGCGAAGUCGCUACAGUUACAACUCGCAAACCUACUCAAUCGUGGCGGUUUCCAGCUGAGAAAAUGGGCUAGUAAUGAUCCAAUUGCUCUAGAUCAUGUUCCAGAACAGCAUCGUGAAUCUCCGUUGAAUUUCUCAAGUGACGAUCCUUCUAUUAAGAUUCUUGGAUUACGGUGGGAUCCUCGGUCUGAUACUUUCACCUAUUAUGUACAAGAAUUUGAUUCUCAAGUUACCAAGCGCACUGUUCUUUCUUAUAUCGCUCGAAUCUUUGAUCCCAUGGGGUGGUUAUCUCCAAUUGUAUUUUGGGUUAAGCAUUUUCUGCAACAGAUAUGGAUCUCUAAAGUGGGCUAUGAUGAUAUCCUGCCGCCUUCCCUAUCGGAGGCUUGGGGAAGGUUUUCUUCUCAAAUGCGGUGUCUACGCGCACUUAAAAUUCCUCGAUACAUUCUCCAAAGUUUGCCACGUUUGCUCUUGGUGGGAUUCUCGGACGCUUCCUCUAAAGGAUACUCCGCUUGCAUCUAUUUACAUGCGUAUGAUUCCAGUAGCACUUGUAGCAAUUAUCUUUUGAAGGCCAAGAACAAAGUGGCACCCCUCAAGACAUUGACUAUUCCUCGAUUGGAACUCUGUGGAGCGUUGUUAUUAUCUAGACUACUUCGUGAUGUGAUUAAAUCUCUUAAAGCCGUAAGAUUUGAAAAUGUUCAUCUCUAUACCGAUUCUCAGAUUAUCCUUGCAUGGCUCCACACCUCUCCUCAUCUUCUCAAAACCUACGUGGCCAAUCGUGUAGUUCGCAUAUUAGAGCAUACAUCUCUUCACCAAUGGGCACACACAGUGUCGAAUCAAAAUUCAGCCGACUUUGCGUCUCGAGGAUUAUUUCCCGAAGAGAUCAUGGAUUGUCAUUCCUGGUGGAAUGGACCAGAUUUUAUGCAGAAUCCGCCGUCCAAGUGGCCCGUAAGAGGCGAUAAUUAUGUCGCACCCGAAGAGCUCCCUGAGCGUAAAAACGAUCCUAUAGUUUUGCGCAUCCAAGCCGACCCAGAAAAUCCUCUGUAUGAAGUUGUGUCACGAUUUUCUUCAUUUAGUAGACUACAACGCGCUUUCGCAUUUAUUCGCCGAUGGCUACUCCGAAUAAGAUGUCCCGAGAUGAAGGGUCCACUCUCAAGCGAAGAGAUGCGAUACUCGACCUUAUCGCUUGUGCGUCUCAUACAGCAAAACCAUUUUCCUCUGCUUAUAGAAGAGUUGCGUUCCAAAGGUCACACCACAACUCCAUUAAGGAAGCUGUUCCCAUUCUUGGAUGCAAUGGGUAUAGUUAGGGUGGGCGGACGGCUACGACACUCCGCCCUUCCCCUAGAUGCGAAACACCCUCUGCUUUUACCUCAGAAAGCUCAUCUCUCGGCUUUAAUUUGCGACUACUAUCAUCUGUACGCUUGCCACGCUGGACCUAGAAGCGUGCAGACGCUUAUACAGCAGAAGUUCUGGAUAAUAUCGAUUCGAUCCCUCCUACGGCAGCGCAUUUUUCGCUGCAUUCGCUGUUUUAAGUUUAAAUCGAAACCUGUAUUUCCCUUCAUGGCUGAUCUACCACCAGCUCGAGUUCAACCUAGCAAACCGUUUUCCUCUGUUGGCAUUGACUUUGCCGGACCCUUCACGGUCAGGGAAAGUCGUCGACGUAAGGCCCACACAUACAAAGGGUAUCUCUGUUUAUUCAUAUGUAUGUCUACGAAAGCGGUCCAUUUAGAAAUGGUCUCGGAACUCUCCACAAAAGCCUUUUUAGCCUCGCUCAACAGAUUCACCGCACGCCGUGGUCUACCCUCUGACAUAUACUCUGAUUGCGGACGUAACUUUCUCGGCGCCGCUCGACACCUGAGGGAGGUGAGUCAGUUUCUACGUUCGCACUCCUCUGAGAUAACGAGUUCCUUAACCUCUUUGGAGAUAAAAUGGCAUUUUAACCCUCCAGCCGCCCCCAAUUUUGGCGGUCUAUGGGAGGCUGCGAUCAAAUCCGCAAAGAGUCUCUUGUAUCGAUCAAUCGGCACCUCUCUCUUAACUUUCGAAGAGUACAGCACGCUAUUUUGUAAGAUUGAGGCUGUAUUGAACAGCCGUCCCUUAUGUGCCGUCACCUCUAACCCAGAAGACGCUGUAGAUUACCUAAGCCCUGGACAUUUCUUAGUCGGCAGACCGUUAUUGCAACCUCCUGAAGCUCCCUUGGAGGACAACUUGAAUUGGACCUGUCGGUGGCAACUACUCUCCCAGCUGUAUCAGCGGUUCUGGAAGAGGUGGUCUACGGAGUAUCUCCAUACUCAACUCCAACGUCAGAAGUGGAAUAAGGAUCAACCAAACAUUCAACCCGGCGCCAUUGUCGCAUUGUAUGGCGCAGAAACUACCCCCCUUUCAUGGCCGUUAGGACGCGUACAAGAGGUACAUCCUGGAACCGAUGGAGUCGUCCGUGUGGCCACAGUGAAAACCUCGACCGGUUUAUAUACGCGUCCGGUAAACAAGCUCGUGAUUCUCCCAACCCAAUUCUCAAUGGAGAAUUGAGUGAGCUCUCAUAAUGUGCAUAAAGAACUCUCUUUAAUUUUCGUUUAAUUUUUCGUUAAAUUUUGUUAAAAUUGGUGGGCGGUUAUGUUCGAACAGUAAGUGCUCCAUUCCGGCGCACGCGCGAGUGAGCGGAAGUAGUACGCUACUGAACGUAAAAGGUGCAUGAGUAAACGGUUUUUCCUCUCGCGUGUUCCUCGUUGUACUUCUCAACAUCAGGCUACCAAGAACCAGGGGCCCCUGUCACCGCCAGCAGGAUACUCCAGGUUAGUGGUACUUCUCAGUUAUUCUCGGUCCUUCGCGCAAAAGUUAAGUCACGGCACCCCGCGUGCACAAUUACUUUAUUAGAUAUUAACUUACCUAGUAUAAAUAAGUACAACCCACACUGAAUGGCAGAAAUUUUCACAAAACUGCAUUAAAAAUAAAGUGAAUAACAGAUACACGAGAAAAUUUCGGUGGUUGAGAACCAACUGGAAAUAUUGGAAUGCUUCACACUGAAGUGCAAUAAACAUAAAUACCGAAAAAAGGGAAAGUCCGCAUGCACACCCCAAACAUCUGAUGUAUUGUAUAGUAAAUACGGAAGUUGAGCAUUAUUUUUUCAUUAUAUGAAAUAAAUUUAAUAAAACUGAAUAUUAAUCACUCUCUAAUUUUUUUGGUAACCAUCAUGACUUUACAAACGUCUUUAUAAAAUCAAAAUUCGAUGAAGGAGGUCUUCAAAACCUUGUCCCGUUUUAGGUACAAUGGACAAAGAAUUUUUAUGACUUUGUUUGUGUCGUUGGGUAUUUUCGCUCAACCCCAGAUGUUCUAUUUAUAAUAUGCCAAGCAGGUAUGUACUUACAAAAUAACACUUCCAGAGUAAACAAAUUUUCAGAAAUAAUUAUUUUAUUAGAAUGAAAAAACUUGUCUUUGGUGUAUUUCUAAUAAAGCCGUUGUAUUUUUUGCUCUAAAUAUAAUUAAGCAUUAUGAAGGCCACUUUUUAAAGAAUACGACGACCUACAUCUAAUUGAUCAUAUAAUCUAUAAAAAAUGACGAAGAAAGGACGGUCUUUUGACGUCAGAAGUAAGUCAUUAUCACGUGAUUUUUGGGCGAAUGACGUCGCCGACGAGUUAUGACCAAAAAUUGACGUGAAUUAGACGACAGUCUGCUGCUUGGGUUAAUGUCAAGUGACAGAUUACCUGUUAGGCAAUAAACUUUAAAAAGAAGACCAAUUUAUUUUGGGGAUUUUAAAGAACAUGACUUGGAAGUGCCACAGAAGGUUCGAAAAACGUGGAAUAUUGCUAAAUUAACAAUAGACAGACAAAAACGAACCAUAAAAUUUUUAGGGAAUAGGACGCAUAGACUUAAAAACAGAAUAAAAUCCGUUGAAGACGUCAUUCACCAUCUGAAAGAUUCUAAGCAAAUUUCUGACAAUUGUUAUCCCGUUUUACAGGUUUGGUGUUUGUGCAUACCCAUUACAUAUAUAUAUUUUUUUUUUUUAGUAAAUUAGGGGAUAUAUGAAUGCUAAUAUAAUGAACAAAUAAAUUUGACACAGUUUAUUAGCUGUUUGGAGAAAUUGAAGCCACUUUUCUAAUUUUCCUUGUGGCCAAAUUAUAAUUUAGUUUUUUAAAGAAUUUGUAUGACCACAGCUGGUUUUUAUAAUUGUAAAUUUAUAUACCUACCUAAAUCAAGAAUGUAUCUACUAUUGGAGUAUAGUUCAAUUCUUCCUUAUCUCUUGCCUUUUUUUAUUUGUCUAUAACUUUUGGGAACAUCAGGAUUUAUAUUUAUUUCAGAAUACGAGGAAUUUCUUUUACUAGCUGCUUUACGCAUAACAAAUUAUAAUUUUCAGGAUUGUGUGCCCGUUACUUAAGCCGGAAUUCCACUGAGGCAACACUGAACGACAUGUUGCUUGAUACGUGUUGCCUGUUGUAGCACAGUAUAGAGAUCAAUUGAUAUCUAUACUGUGUUUGUAGGCGUGCGACAAUGUGGCAUAAAAUUCAAAUUAAUGUCGCUGUGUGUUCCUUCAAUGGAAAGACUGUUUGUAGCAUGCGUCAAUGCCGCAUGCUACAUGUUGCCUCAGUGGAAUUCCGGUUUUAGAAAUAUGAAAAUUUCGACGCCAACGGAAUAUCCCGAAGAACUGGGAAUAUUCGCUUUAACGUUAAAUUUUUAUUCAAGUUCGGCCUAUGACUAUAAAUGGUACAAGUCGGUGGAUGGUUCUCCAGAGUACACUAGGGAGUCACUUCAUGCCAUUGAAAUUAAGGUAAAAGAAUGUAGAAAAGAAUACAAGGUCCUUGUUUGCUGUUUGAUGAUGGACGAAUGGCUAUCAGGCAGCAUAUUCAAUGAAAUGGUAAACGUUAAGUGGGUUACAUAAAUUACGGAACAGAAAUGCCUGGAGACACAUUACUUGAAGCAAAAGAUGCACUUGUUUUUCUAGUGGUGGCACAAAAAUGCAGGUGGAAGAUUCCAGUUGGAUAUUUCUUAACGAAUGGUUUAAACACAGAAGAAAAAGCAAAUUGGGUUAAAGGAUGUCUAAUAAUGAUGAAUAAUAUUGGAGUGGCAGCAACAUCUUAACUUUCAAUGCUGCUAAUCUAGUAACACAUUUUUCGCAUCGUACAACGGAGAAUCCGAUUUUUAUCAUGUCUGAUGUCUAUCAUAUGAUAAAAUGAAUUAGAAAUACUUUCUUUUCGUAUUAUAGAACACGUAUACUCGAACUCGGUGUCGACGACGCCGACACCGGUCUGGACUGAGUCUGAACAUAGGCAUGUAACGCUGCGCAAUAGAAAGAGAGAAACAUAAACUAUUUAAUAAAAGGUGUUCGUUUGACUGAUCCAACGACUAAAUUAGGUACAACAAUUGAUGCCGUUUUCACACGCUUUAUUACUCAUUUAAGAACUGAUAUGAUAUUUAUAUCACUCAUUUUAGUCACCAUAGGCCACUAAUAAUUGUAUUAAAUGGUAGGGAUAAAGAUACCGAAGGCUAUGAUUGAACAGUAAUUUGUAUUUUAAAUCGAAUAAGUUAUAAAUACUACUCUAGCACUUGUAAAUAUUUACUUGUUACUUUAGUUCUUAAAUUACA